AUGGAAGAGGGUGUCACGUACGCUGACCUGCGCUUUCGCCCCACACCAGCUCCUCAGCAGAUAGUGCGCCUGCCCUGGUGCUGGGCAGCUCUCAGCCUGGGUCUCCUCUCCCUGAUGCUCCUGCUGGCYCAAAUCAUCCUCGUCAGCCUGAGUUUCCACUAUUUAGUGCAACAACAAGAGAGAUGUACCCACUGUCUCUGGGGCACAGAGGAGAGCCCCAGCUAUGGGAAACAGACACUGCAAGGGCCAUGCCAGUUCUGCCCAGUCGGCUGGCUCUGGGAUGCAGGGCAGUGUUACUACUUCUCCUCUGCCAGAAAGAGCUGGGAUCAGAGCAGAGAGGACUGCUACUUCAGAGGGGCACAGCUGGCCACUGUCCAAGCCAACACCACCCUGGCUUUCCUGGUGCGCACAGCUCACAUGGAGAUCUUCCACGUGGGGCUGAGGCAGGAUCCCUUCAGGUCUGACUGGAAGUGGCUGGAUGGCACCACACUGGAGGGGACUGUCCCAAUCCAGCGCUAUGCCAGGUCCUACCAGGUCUGUGGCAGRGUGUCAGGCUUGGGACUGUCAGGUGGAGCAUGCAUGGAAGCCCUCAGAUGGAUCUGCAAGCAGAGCGCAGCCACCGUGCAGUGGAUCCAGUCCUCGCCUCCCGCCUUCCUCUGGGGAAACACCACCUACAGCUGUGUGAGACCCUGAUGGCCACGGGGACCCCCAGCCUGWGCCACCACUCUGUUCCCUGCCUGACCUCAGUGCAUGGCCAUUCCCAGGCACUGCUGUCUCUUUACCCCCAGGAACUCUGCACUUUGCCAAUAAACUCUGCCAAUAACUGCUGCUGGCUUUGGGGUAUGAGGGUGUUAGAUGGAGGUGCAGCCUCCAGCUCCCU